AUGUCGGGUACUCGUCGUGACUGCGUCUGGAAUUUGCCGCUGAUGAGCCGGCACUGCGAUCUCCACUUACGACAGCCACCUUUGCCGCAAGCCAUGAAUGCAUGUACCGAACAAACACCACUACACGAUGAUCCUGUUCGGAUUUGCUUCAGCUUUAAGAGUCAGGACAUCCCAGGAGAACCUGGUGCUCGUCCAAUAACUCUCGCGAAUGCCUUUAUGGAACCAACUUAUGGACGGAAAUUCGACUGGGAUCGGGAUCAUUUCUACACACCAGCAGGCAUAGACGAGGUCGGAGAUAGCGCUAGAAGAAGCUUGUAUAUGUUUCUCGAUAUCAACAAGCACGCGAAUCCUUCGUCGAUAUCCUUGCGCUGCGUUAAAGUCGUGAAGAAAGAUUUAUUAACAUUUAAAGACACAAACUUCAACGGGGCACUAAAAUUCUCAAAAUGGUACCCAUGGGGCGGUCGCGACAGCGUCCAGCAGCAGCAGGUCUCACAGGUUACAGGCGACUGA